CACUGUAAAGCUGACGUGUGGUUUACAAUUUCGGUAUCGCUACAAGUUACCGGUAACUGUUCGCCUGUUAUCUGUGAAUUAUUUUUGUAGAUUUUUCGCCACAUCUCAUGGUUCGUAAGUGUACAGCUGUAUCAGACAUUCGGGAUGGCUGGAGAAAUGUCAAUACUGGGAUCAGCUAUUCUAGCGCUUCUCCUCGCCGGUUACCUUGGUCAGCAGUACCUGCCUCCCCCAAAGCCUAAGGUGAUCGGUUUGGACUUGGGGACCACGUUCUGCUCCGUGGGAGUUUUCCACGCAGGGACCGGCGACGUGGAGGUCAUCGGCGACCAGGAGGGCCGGAAGAGCAUUCCCAGUGUGGUAUCGUUCACCGCCACGGACAUUCACGCAGGCUACGAGGGGCAGGAGCUAGCGGACAACAAUCCCCACAACACCAUUUAUGAUGCCAAGCGGUUCAUUGGGAAAAUUUUUGAGCCCGAGGGCUUGGAAGAAGAAAGUUCCCGUUAUCAAUUCAAGGUGUUGUACAACAACGGAAGUGCAGAAUUUUUAGUUUCGACCAAUCGCACAUUCACAGUGAGCCCAGAAUUCAUUAGUUUCCAGCUCUUGCGGAAGAUGAAGAAGAUGGCUGAGAAACACCUAGGUGUGGUAGUCGAAAAGGCGGUCAUCUCUGUGCCAGCAGAGUUUGACGAGCGGCAAAGGAACUAUACCAUCAAGGCUGCCCGUUUGGCUGGGCUGGAGAUCCUGCGGGUGAUCAAUGAGCCGACUGCAGCAGCCAUGGCGUACGGGCUGCACAAGGUGGACGUGUCUAACGUGCUGGUGGUGGACCUGGGGGGAGGGACGCUGGAUGUGUCUUUGCUGAACAAGCAAGGGGGGAUGUUUCUCACCAGGGCCAUGGCAGGGAACAACAAGCUUGGGGGACAGGACUUCAGUCAAAGGCUGUUGCGACAUACCAUGGAGAGGAUCCAGCAGGAACACGGCACUCCACCCACGAGAAAAGAGGACAUCCACCGCCUGCGGCAAGCCGUGGAGGCUGCCAAGCUCAACCUCACCUUCCAGCCAAGCGUCGUGCUGAGGAUCCCGUUGCACCUGGAGACCGGGGAGGACCCAGAACUCAGUACACCGGUGGUAUUUGAGGAGCUGAUUACCAGGGAUCUUUUCGAGGAACUCAACGCCGACCUUUUCCAGAAGAUACUUGUGCCAGUGGAGAGAGUGUUGGCAGAGGGUCAUCUCCACAAGGAGGAGGUGGAUGAGAUAGUGCUAGUUGGAGGCUCGACCCGCAUCCCCCGUGUCCGGCAGCUCAUCAGCGAGUACUUCAGCAAGGACCCCAAUACCUCGGUGGACCCAGACUUGGCCGUGGUCACAGGUGUGGCCAUCCAGGCAGGAAUCAUGGGAGGCUCCUGGCCUUUGCAAGUCAGCGCCAUUGAGGUCCCGAACAAACACCUGCGCAAGACGAACUUUAGCUGAUUUCCCCCCCCCUUCAAAUGAAUGAGAUGGUUUUCAUCUGAUCGCUGGGCCACAUGACCGAGUUAUCAAAUGAUGUCCCACAUCUCUGGUACCUCUCAUAAAAUAGGUGAGCCAGAACCUUGCAGUCAGCCUGAAGUUACUUAAGUAAACGUAGAGGAAUAUAUAUUUUUCUUACCCCAUUUAAAACUUAGACUCCCUUUGCUGAAGGGAGUCAGACAAUAUCGAGUGUCUCUGUACACACACACAUAUUAUAAUUAUACAUGAGGAGACAAUGAACAGCCUCAAUGGGGACCUUUGCAAAAAGCAUCGUCUCACAGCACGUACGGCUUGCCCGAGUUCACAGAGGUACGAAAGCUUUUGGAAAGACCCUUGCAAAGUGCCAUAAGUGGCACUGUUUUCUAUUUCGGAAUUGAGAGCAUAAUAUCCGCUGUGUGUUAUUUAUUUAUUUAUUGUCCAUUUAUAUGAAUUGAUGUCUGGGUGCAGGAUGACAUAUGGUGUGAAAGUGGCUGCGUCUGUAGUCACAGCUCAUUUGGGAUGUUUUUUAGUCGCUUGUUUCCUCGUCCCCGUGCCUUUUACGAAAGCUGCUGUUGUGCAGCCAUGGCUGACAUACAGUUGUCACCUUAUCUUCCGAUAGGAUCAUUUAACGGUGUCAUUGCGGCACACGGUGCAGCCGCUGAAAGGCACUUUGGUGGCCCUGGCUGUUAGCUCCGAUGGUUCUCACCUCCAGGGCUUUGCGUUCUUCUUCUGCCCUUGACUUUCUGCAUUUUGAGUUUGUCUGGAGUCUCCACGCUUGUAUAAGAAUAAUCUGGAUAAUCCACAACCCAUGCGGUUCAGAUCAGGGCUGUUCAAAUCUUGACCUCGAUUCUAAAUCCAGGCCUUGUUUUCAGUUCUCCCAUGCAGUUAAACAUUUACUGAUUCUGAUUGGGCGGAGGCUUUCCGCCUGGCUGGAAAAUAAGCAGGGCUCGGACCUUGAAGACCGUGAUCUGUAUAGCCCUGGGUAUGAUGAAGUGUCUCAAAUUUUCCUCUAGUUUAUAAUUGUGUGUGAACGAGAGGGAAUCCUGUGCAUGUGCCCUAUGGCUCUGGUGUUGGUUCCAUGUUCACUGUGAACUUGUAUAAUGCAGUUGAUGUGCGUCGUUCUACUCUCCUCUGAAAAUGGGAAAUAAGAAUUCCACUCCGACACAACACAUUGUGACAAAGCAUUGUGUGUUAAACAAUGAGCUCUGAAGACUGAACACUGGAUGAUAAAACUCUUGUGUCGUUCGCAAAGCGUAAAAGGGACUGCGCUAUUGCGAAAGUUAGCUUGUUACCGAUCAGCUAAUGUUACAGUGGCGUUUCCAGUUGGCAAACAUAGAAGCUGAUACUACUGCAUACUGCACAAAAAUUCACUUGUUGCAUUCCAUAAGUUAUAUUUAUAAAUCUAUGAAUUUUACAAGCGAAUUCAGAAAAAUUAUGCUGUGAACUUAAUGCUUGGUGCAGUAUGACAUUUCUGCGUGUACAUGGAUACACGGAUGUGUACAUUCCCAACCUAUUUUAUGUGCAAACUUGCACACACAAAUCUGCACCUUCACUAAAUCUUUCCUUGCGAUUUCACGGUUGCCGGUGACCCUCCUGUUUGGUUUCCAUAUAAAUCUUUUGGCUCCCUCUUGUGGCCAACUGGUAAAAGUGCAUGAACACAAACGGCACAGGCGUAAGAAAUUUGUACAAUUGCACUUUCAAAACGGAGACUUUUUAUUGCACACAUGAAAUAACAAACCGAAACAGCGCAUAAGGUACAAAUAUGUAUUUAAAAAGUAUCCGAGGAAAUCAGUUCAUCAUACAAAUUAAUUAGAAGCUCAUAUUACUUUGCCUUUUCACCAGACAGAAUUACCGAGUAUUUUUUCUUUAGUUUAUUUCCCACUGCGCAUUAAUACUAAAGAACAUUUUUGUACCAAUGUGCCAUCUUGGAAGGGGAAAAAAAGUCUGCUGUGAAAAUUGUUGACAGCGCCUUUGAUUACUUCUGUCCAGAUAGUUUUUGUCAUUUCACAUAAAUGUCAUUCGAAAUUUGAUUCUGCCAUUAAAAAUGAUAAACGCCUGUUUAAUCCA